GCCUACAGCCCCGGGACCCGAGGGCGACGGCCCCGCGCCCAGCCGGCACCGGAGCGCAGGGGGAGCACGGGCAGCGGCUUCACCAGCGGGCACCGGGCACGGCCCGAGGCCCCCACACAGCGCUGGGCAACGGGCUAACGCGUGGCGGAGUCGGGACGCAGCGCUACCCCCGGGGAGCGGCCCCGGCCCGGGUAAGGUGACAGUUGGUUCUUCCAGCUCGGUUGUUACAGCUUCAUUACCACCCCAGGCCAGACACACACCCAUCAGCGAAGGGGAAAUCUUCAGGCUACCAGGCAGGCUGAGAAUCCAGCCCUCACUGUGGAGCAAGGACGAUGUCAUCCACUGGCUCAGAUGGGCAGAGAAAGAGUAUUCCCUUCGACAAACCGAAGAAAGCAAGUUUGAAAUGAAUGGCAAAGCCCUGUGCAUCCUUACCAAAGACGACUUCAGAUACCGAGCUCCUAGCUCAGGUGAUGUGUUAUAUGAAUUACUCCAGUACAUUAAGACUCAAAGAAGAGCUCUGGUGUGCAGCCCUUUGCUGAACUCACCUUUCCAAGAUGCCAGGAUCACAGAGGAAGGGAUGGACUGUGGUGUGGAGGCUGCCCCGGCUGCUCUUUCAUCCUGCCUGGGCCACACAGAGCUGUCCUCAUUCCGCAGCUGUGAGGAGCCCCUGAACCUCUCCCAUCACAACUCUGAGGGCAGCUGCAGGGCAGAUUCUAUCUGCUCAUUUCCUACAGCCCUGUCAGCACCAGUGGAUGGGAAAAUUGCAGAUUGCAGGUUACUGUGGGAUUACGUAUACCAGCUCCUCUCUGACAGCCGCUAUAUGCCCUACAUCAAGUGGGAAGACAAGGAAGCCAGGGUCUUCCGCAUUGUUAACCCAAAUGGACUUGCCCAGCUCUGGGGGAACCACAAGAACCGGAUGAACAUGACGUAUGAAAAGAUGUCGCGAGCACUCAGGCAUUACUACAAACUUAACAUCAUCAAAAAGGAGCCGGGGCAGAAGCUGCUGUUCAGCAAGGUGCAGGCUCUGGCUGCAGAGCAGCAGCCAUGGGACGCAGGGCAACAGCCGUCGAGGACCAUCCUCUCACUGGACAGGCAGGGGGCCAAGAAGGUGCUGGAGAUUUAUGUGAGGCGCUCGUUGAGCUGCUGCGAGAACUCACAGGCAGCAAAAGAAAGGCUUCAAGAGGGAGCCAGAGGGCGAGGGAGGAAGGCAGUCGGGCUGCAAAGGUCAGAGAGCGACUUCUGCAAGUAUUCAUGUGCCAAGCUCAGCCUGAAGAAGGACCAGGAAGAGGCACCCAAGGUGAUGGAGCUGGAACAGGCUCUGUUUGAGGAGAGUGAAGCGUCAGCUCCUGGGGAGGCUUCUAAGGAGGAACUGGAGACCAAGAAGAAAAGCACAAAAAUCUCCUCCCAGGGCAAAACCCAGCGCACCUGGUUCAAAAUCUUCUUAAAUUUCCUCUUUAAGAAGAGCCCUGAGGACCAGAAGGAAAAUGCAGGACAGAAAGCAAAGGAAAAAGAUGCCAAAACUCCUUACAGCAGUAAAACAGAAGGAGCCAGGAGACCCAGAGCCGACUCAAGCCUGUCCCCACCACUGGGCAAAGCCCCCAGGAGGAGACCCAGCCUCAAGAGGGUUUUCUCCUUUAAGAAGCACGCAGAGGAGGAGCGGGGUGAAGCAGGGGCGAGGGCCAAGCGCCCCAGCUGCCUGCCCCUGCGGCAUGUCCAGGGACCAGCGCCCCCAGCAGAGGCAGAGCAGCCGGAUGGUUACUACACGCGCGUCUCAGAGGAGAUUGGGCUGAUCGUGCAAGGCAGCGAGAGCCAGAGCAGCAGGGAGCGCGGGGGCGAGCAGCUGCCGAGGUCGGGCGGUGCCGAUGGGGUUGAUGAAGCCAUCAGGAAAAUCGUGGCCCUGCUCCAGAGUGCCGGAGAUGAGCUGGACAGGAAGGUAAAGGAAGAUGCACGGCUGCAGAUGUUCUUCAGAGACAUGUCCUACAGCUCCUUCAAGAACCUGGCUGAUGCCUACGUCCGCAAGGAGAUGACAGCCACCAGGCCCAACGUCAACCCCCAAGAAAUCCAGUUUGCCUUUGCAGUACACCUCACCGCCAAGGUGGCCGGCAUCUGUAACCAGGCAGUGAACAGGAUCAUGGGCUUUGGCACCCGCUAUCUGGAAGACUCAUUUGCACCCCUGUCCUACAGCAAGAUCCUCCAGCAGGACAGAACAAAGUUCAGCACAGACAAUUGCGAGAGCCCGGACUGACAUCGGCUGUGCCUGUGAACCGAAGGGUGCACAUUAAUGACGGGGGACAGUCCCUGUGGGUGGCCUGGAUGUGGUAUGAUUUCAUGAGCCAUGAAAUUAAAAUCUGUGAAGGAAAACCACGGCAAUAGCCACCGUAGCAUGAAGUGAUUAAACCAGCCGAUCUGAGGGCAACCUAGUCUGUCAAGCCCAAAUGUCUGAGAUUGCCCUAUAUUUCCAUUUUGGCCCUCAUAAAUGCACGUGUUGAACCUCGUGGUUUGUUCAUGUGUGUGUAUGUGUAUUUAUUUACCUACUUUUCUAUACGUAUCUGUGAAUGUACAAUAUAAUUUCUGUAGCUUCUGCCAUGGGUCCUGUUCAGGAAACAAAAACAUAGAAUGCAAAUAAAUUGGUCCCCAUGUGACAGCCAGGCUUGUCUAAAGGCUGUGGGAGAUGUGCUAUACAUGAAAUAAA